GAAGUACAUGUCGACUACAGUCUUGUAAGAACUGCAACCACUUCAAAGCGACAGAAGAUCCACAAGCUGUGCGAAGGGCGCAUGCAAAGUAAAUGUUGGCGCAGAUCAAGAUCUAUGCUCGAAAUGCGUAUACUUGAUGCGAAAGUAAAUACUAGUUUCACGAUGGGUGACGUAGGUAGAGAGACCGAUAAAUCCUCUUCUCACCUUGACUCUUUUCUCGUUUCCAAUCAUUUGGAAAGCUGUUCUCUUCAGUCUGCACAUCGUGACUGUCAGACACUGAGAUCAAAACAAGAACAAAGUCGACGCACUAUGCACGAGCCCGACGAGAAGACGCCUGCCAGCAGUCCAAUGUUCUGACGGUUGAUUGACAUUCAGCGUCAGAUAUUCACAAGUUUUCUCCUCAAGGCACGCACUAGGCUGAGCAUGGUCCAAAUCACAGCUCGUUCUACCAACAUCUACGAAUCGAUCCGUGUGGAACACUCUUGGCUGUCACGUGUGCUUUCUUCGUCCGCAAGCUGUACACACGUUCGGAGCAUGUCAAGAAUGACAACAAUCCGAGGAACAUCGCGACGUGGAGAAUGAAUUCCGAUUCCCUGAACGAUUGAUCACUCGACACUCUGCUCGAGAUUCAGAUGCGUUGAGGAAAGCACGCCGAAUUCUGCCAAGCUUCGGCCGCUAGAAUCCUGCAAUUCCCUGCAUCCCUGCAUCCCUACGCCCCGCCGUCCUCCAGUCUGUGCCCCAGCGUUGCUUCGUUGGUCUCGGUCGCUGCCCUGGCCCUGCACUGCUCUGCUCUGCUCCUGAUUCCCGAACGAGCCUCACGUGCCGCACGUGGUGGCUCGCGACUGACUUUCGGUCCGAAAGCGAAAACCUGCCUGCGCUACACGUGGUCCUCCGGUUUGAAUAUUCCCGUGACCGAAGGGUUGAGCAUGGCCGUUCUUCAUUCCUCCUCGUCGCUGAUCACAUUUCAUCAGACUGUCAAGGAUCGUGGGCGAGCUACCGAUUGCGCCUUCCGCACAAUCGGCACUCACAGAAGGAAGCUGGAAUUUCAACCAUGCCGCAAAGAUCAUGCCACUUAUCGGUCGAGCAAUUUGAUUCACCGUCUUCGGCAUAGUCCUGCAUCCGAAUCCCUCGAGCGUCUUCAAUCCAUGCGUCUCCCGGCGACCCUGGUCAAGACAACGCCGACCAUGCUACCCCGAGAACGCCCCGGACUCUGUCGAUUUACAGCGCGGCUUGAAGCGAGAGUGCACAUCGCUGUUUUUGACUGACUGUGGUACAGCCCAGGCGGAGUUUGGACAGAGUCAGUGUGUGUGAAAGUACCCGCCAUUCCGUCAGGCACCGAUCAUAUCAGAGCUCGAUGUUCGUGUUUUUGAAUCUGCGGCGGAUUUGCCGAAGGUAAUGAGGAGUUUGGUGACGAAUGAUCACAAUGUGAGGUGAGUUCUGGAGAGGGAUGCAGCUGCUAUUACGCAUGGGCUCAGAAUCAUCGUUCGGCGCCUUGGAAGUGGCUCGUUUCUCUGCCACCUGCCGACUAUGAUUUUUCAUGCACAGUCAUGUAUUCACCGACAUGCACAAUCGUCGCAAACUCUUGCUUUGUUCACAGUACAGAUUAGUGUCGAGGGAAUUUUUUUUCCUCCUUCCCAUUUCGAAUUUUUUGAGUUGCUGAGCAACUUCAUUUUUCCACGAUCUAUCAUGUAGAUUAGUGGUAUAUUUAUCAUGUCGAGAUAUGUUAAAAUAUGAACAAUAUGUUCAUAUUUUAAGUUUCAUAUAUUCAUAUCAAAUGUUAUUUG